AAUUUGUAGCUCUCAGAAAAUAACAAAGCGUUCCUUCGCUGCGGUGGAUCGUGCCAACCGACAGCUGCGAGAGCUCUAUGUUUUCCAUUCUCCCGAAAAACUGCAUUCCCUGCUGUUUCCGCAUAUAGCCAUGGUGUUUCAGCAUAUCAAUACGCCAUAGAACGGAUCGGUGCGAGAACACUGCUGACGAGGGGCCGCGGUUUGCUCUGUCGGCAGCUUUCCUAAGUCGGACGCGCGCCAGUUGUGCAAAGUAUUAUAGUCAUUCUGAUUCCUGGAGGAUGGCCCGGUCGGCUAAGACCCGGGUAAACGCGGAGGCGCCGCGUAACCGGCGUUGUCGUCUGGGUGGGGCCUGACACACGCGCCGGGAUCGGGGCUUGCCGGCUAGUUCAUCGCGCCGAGAGCACCGCCCCCUUCCUCCAGAGCCCAAGCGUACAUACACUUAUUCCGGCAAUCCACUCAUUGCACCCAUACAGCCAUCAGCAACCGUCGCUCGCGUGCCCAGAACCCUCGACCCAUCUCUCGUUCCGCGACAAAGCUCCAGCUACUCAAAAAUGACUGCCGACGGCGCGAUCCCCUCCGACGUGUUUGCUGGCGUUCCGCCGCAGCAGAAGGACUCUGCACCCGCCGAUGUUUUCGCGGGCGUGCGGCCCAUGGCGAGCGACUCGGCGCCUACCGAUGUCUUCAAGGGCGUCGCCCCCGAGCAAGUCAACGCCGGAUACCCCACCGACGUGUUUGUGGGCAUGAGGCCGGAGCGCCAAGACUCGGCCCCAACCGACGUGUUUGCCGGCACGGAGCCCCACCACGGGCCCUCCGACUCGCUGCCGUCCGACGUGUUUGCGGGCGUGCAGCCGUCGGCGGCGCAGCACGGGCUGGCCAACGUGGUGGCGGACAAGGUGAACCACCUGGUGGAGAAGGUGGAGCAGGCAGUGGGCGCCGUUGUGCAUGCCAUCAUCCCCGGCCACCACUCGGAGUCGAAGCCCAAGGCCCACUAAGCAACCAGAUGGCGUGUGCGCAAGCAAACGGCAUGUGCGUGUAUAUGGCCGUUGGCUGCAGUGCCGCACCCCGGGGCUAUAUGGGGUUGUGAGGGGUGGCCGGCAAUGGAUGAAUUGCAGUAAGUACUUGUGACCCACAUGCGAAUGCGUGCGGAUGGUUCUUGAGCUGUGACUUGUAAGGUUGAAGGACACAUGCAGAGGGGCAGGAGAUGAAGGUGUUGGUGUGAUUUUGUCAGGGCAUAAUGGCAUGCACGUUUUGAGCUUACUUGCGAUGGUGGAAGGCUAUGUCAACGGGCAUCAGACGUUUUGCGCAGUCAGCGGCGGCUGGGCUUGUGCGCUGUGCGGCGCAGUCAGCUGCUGCUGUUUCCUGGCUGCUGGCUUGGUCGAGCAGGUGCAGCGAGGCGGGUGUUUGACUGCGUCGUGCAUUGACCGGAAAUGUAGGGCGCGUUGCGCUCUGUUGCACGGUGUUUUGUGGGGUGCUGUGACUUGGAUCACCCGCGCACACGCCCUUGGGUUGCAUGGACCGCGCACCUUGACGCACAAGCCUUGCUGCACGUUGCUGCCGAGUUCACCGGUAGCGAUGCUUCCGCCGGCAAAGCCUGUUUGAAUGCAAAGCUGCAACACUGGCUGUGUGCUGAGGUGAAAACUGGGGAGGAGGCGGUGCUGCGUGCUGAGUGUGGACGUACGCGCGCGUGGUGGUGUGAGUGGAGCUGGCGGUCAGGGGUGGUGCGCUACAGGGUGUGGCUGGGGGCGCGGCUUGGCCUUGCGCUGCCGGCGGUUACGGCGCACUCGAGGGUGCGCACAAAUUGUGUGAAGUAACAAGCAUUUUUAUUUUUGGUGGAUGCUCGGACGGGGUGUUUGUGGAGUGGUGAAUCGUUAGCAAGGUGUGGGAACGCCUGCAGGGGCGCACGCACGCACGCACACGUGGACGGCACCCGGUCUCUUCCCUGGGCCUGAGUUGCAGUUACCAGUGCGCAACGAGUACCAUGACCGUGAAGCGCCGAUGUUACUGAAAUACAACAUGCAGUUUCGAGGCCCCCCGCGAAAUCUGCGGUGUUACCAGAGCCGGCAUAGCGGCAGCUGAUGAGUGCGGGUCGGGGCGGCAAUAGUAUGGCCCGGGAACCACGGGAUGCUGACGAAUGCCAACCGAGGAAACGCUCCGGACCAAGGGUGUUUGGGUUCUGAGGUUGCAUGGGAUUUUUUUGGGUUUGGGGCCAGAGCGGUGGCGGGUGUGUGGGACAUGUACGCGGGAGUCCGCCGGUGGCUGCAGGUGGUGGUCACCACACAGCUGCGGACAUGGAGGUGGUGUGGGGGCUAGGCCCAUGCUGACCUAUCGGGCAAUAAAGUAGCCAUACUAGCUAUGAUGCAUCUUUGGCAACAGUCAAGUCGGGCGAGAGGGGCACGGCACGGUCUGACACUGACGUGUACGGUGUACGGUGACCAUCCGCACCCUCCCGCACUCUCCCCCGGUGAACCGGAGACCAGGUGAAGAUGAAGCGUGUAAAGCAAACUGGUCAUAAUGCGCUGCGACCUAUCAUUUGAUGUUUGAAGUUUUUGUGCAGCCUCUUAAUUGAUCGGCUGAAUUAUUACCAGGAGGCUCGGACAGGGGCACUGCAGGGCACUGGCUAACCCGAGCUGAACUCCCCAGUUGCUGCUAUCAAACAUAAAGCACCAACACAC